AUGAAGAAGCCCAAGGUGGGCUCUCCCACCAAGUCGUCACCUUUCACUCGCCUCGUCGAUCUCGAUGGCGACACGAGCAUGUCCACAGUCGCCGAAGAUGAGGCGUCCACUUCCGCCCUUCCGCUCGCCUCUUCCUCGUCGUCCGACAAGCAGAACGUCGUGGUCUGCGUCCGAAUGCGCCCGACUCGCAGCCUUGACUCCUCACCACCCGUCUGGUCAUGCGACGCAUCCACACACCGCAUCAGCCCCACCGAGCACCAUCCAGCCAUCUCCAAACGAACCACCUCCUCCGAACGCGCCGGCGCCACCCUCCCCGUUCCUACAACACACGAACCCGACGAAACAUACAGCUUCACCUUUGAUCAUCUCCUCCUCUCCCCCGCUACAACCUCGGCGAUGUUCACCUCGCACAUCGCCCCCGUCAUUCGAGCCGCAAUGGAGGGAUACAACGGUACCGUCUUUGCCUAUGGCCAAACGGGCAGCGGCAAAACGCAUACCAUGUCCGGCAGUGCCUCGGAGCCAGGGGUGAUCCCACGGGCGGUGGAGCAGGUGUUUGAGCUGAUCGAGGAUGAUGUGGAGCGGGAGUAUCUGUUGAGGGUGAGUUAUUUGGAGAUAUAUAAUGAGACGUUGAAGGAUUUGCUCGCACCACUGCCGGCGUUGAGGGGGAGUUUGCAGACGCACGAAGAGCGGCCAGCAUCGCCGGUGAAAGGUGGGGCGGGGAGCACGUUGAGGAUCAUCGAGGAUCGCUCUCGGGUGCUCAUCACGGGGUUGAGGGAGGAGAUCGUGACGAGUCCAUCUGUGGUGUUGGACCUACUGCAGCGCGGACAGGAGGAGAGACACGUCGGUGCGACGGAUUGGAACGAACGUUCCUCCCGCUCCCACUGCGUUUUCACUCUCACUAUCGAGUCUCAUCCCCGAACUUCCUCGCCAGACACCGGCAAGGAAGUCCGAAUCAGCCAGCUCAACCUCAUCGAUCUCGCCGGCAGCGAACGCGCCGCAUCCCAAGCAGAAAGACGCAAAGAAGGCGCCUUCAUCAACAAGUCCCUCCUCACCCUCGGCACGGUGAUCGGCAAACUUGCCGAAUCACCCGAAGCAUCCGACCACAUCCCCUAUCGAGAUUCCAAACUCACGCGCAUCCUUCAGACAUCUCUGUCGGGAAAUGCCAGGAUCGCGGUGAUCUGCACGCUGUCUCCGGACGCAGAGCAUGCUGGGGAGACGCUGUCUACGUUGAAGUUCGGGCGGAGGUGCAAGAUGGUGGUGACCACAGCGAGGAAGGGGACGAGUAUGGAUGAUAAGGCGUUGUUGCAGCGGUAUCGGCGCGAACUCGAUGCGCUACGGGCCAAAUUGGAGGGUACGACGUCCACCGAUAGCCUGCCCAGCAGCAACGUGGAUCUGUCGCACUCGCACCGCGAACUGGAUCAGCUCAACGCCCAACGUCAGUCGGCGCAACACGAACUCGAAUCUAUGCAGCAACAACGCGCGGACCUGCGCGGACAGAUCGAACACCUCACCCGACUCAUACUCACCAGUCAGAGCGUGGCUGACAGUCCCGCAGGACCAAGCACACCAAUUCGAGCACGCAACGCACACGCAUCGGCGCUCACCCGCCGCGGUCCGAGGAUGAGCGAUUGGGCAGGAUACAGCAGUCCCGUCCCCCAACCUGGUGGGGAGAAGCCGUUUGAGCUCGAGACGCAGCUCGCGGGUCUACGAAGGCAGGUGCAACAGCUAAUGGAGGCGCGGGAGACGCUCGUGCGGGAACACGCAGCGGAGAUGGCCCAGAGGGACAGGCGCGAGGCCGAGCUCGAGGCUGCCAUGCAAAGGAACAAGCAGGAGCUGCAGGAGGCCGGAGCUGCGUGCGAAAAGCUGAAGGGGGAGCGCGACGAGGCGAGAGAGGCCGCGCUAGAAGAGACAGAGACGGUCAAGGAGGUCAGAAGGUUCUUGGACGAGCAGCUGGAGGCGAACCGACUGUCGAGAGCUGAGAUGGAGACCAGAGCGCAAGAGGAGGAGCAAAGGAUGCAGGCGGAACUGCAGGCGCUGAAGGAACAGCUUGUCGCCAAGGAGGCUGAGCUGGCGGAAGCGAAGGAGCGAUUCGACUCAGAGCUGGCGGAAGCGAAGAAGGAGACCGAGCAGCAGAAGGCUGCGAUCGAGACGGUGGAGUCGCAGCUUGCAGAGGCACGCAAAGCGGCGGAUGAGGAGAAGACGGCCAGGUCCAAGGCCGAGGUAGAACGGGCGGAGGCGGAUCAGGCUCAGCAGGCGCUGCAAGUGCAGCUGGUGGAGGCGAGGGAGCAGUUCAACGCAGAACUCGCGGAAGUGAGCUUAUUGGCGGAAGAACAGAAGGCAGUGAGGACGAGAGCCGAGGAGGAGCGAGAAGAAGUUAACAAGGUGCGCCAAGCGCUACAGGCACAGCUGGCCGAGGCGGAGGCUUCAGCGGCAGAGCUGAAGCAGAACCUCGCCUCGAAGGACGAUGCCCAUGCCGAGCUCCAGGAAGAUGUUCGCAAGCAAGACGAGCAGGCGCAGGCACAGCUCCACCAACGGCAAACUGAGCUGGAAGAGCGCAAAGCCGAGAUCGGGCGCCUCCGAGCUGAGCUCGAAGCGAACCAAACCCGGCAAGCCGAGUCGGAGGAUCUCAUUCGUCAGCAAGACGCACAAGCUCAGGAAACGGUCCACAAACGCGAAGCAGAGCUGGCCGAACGAGAGGAACAGAUUGCGCAUCUUCAGGCCGAGCUCGGGAGGGCUCAACAACGUCGAACGGAGUCUGAGCAGCUCGCUGGCAAGCAAAACGAAGAGGCUCAAGCGCAGCUGCAGCAACGUCAAGCCCAGCUGGAUGAACGCGAGGCUCAAAUCGAAGUCCUUCGUGCUGAGCUCGAGCAGACACAACAACGUCAAAUCGUGUUCGAAGACCUUGCACGCAAGCAGGACGAGACAUUACAGGCGCAGCUGCAGCAACGUCAAGGCGAGUUGGUCGAAAGAGAGACUCAGUACGAGCAGCUUCGUGUCGAGCUCGAACAAUCCCAGCAAGCCCAAAUCGAGUCCCAGGCUCUCGCACGCAAGCAAGGCGAGGAGGCGAAAGCGCAGCUGCAGCAACGUCAAGCAGAGUUGCGGGAACGCGAGGCCGAGAACGAGCGUCUUCGCGCCGAGCUCGAGCAGAGUCGACUUCAUCAAUGCGAGGCAGAGCAAAAAGACGCUCAGAUCAAACGCCUCUGUGGCGAGCUCAAUGAGAGCCGACAACGUCAAACCGAGUCAGAGGAUCUCGUUCGCAAGCAGGAUGAGGAGGCGCAAGCACAGCUGCAACGACGUCAAGCCGAGUCGGCCGAGCACGAGGUUGAGAUGGCAUCGAUUCGGGCAGAGCUCGAGCAGACACGCCGCGAGCUGGGUGCUCGACCAGCGCCAGAAACUCUGCGGGAGCUUGCUUCGCUCCAAACCACCCUCUCUCACAGCGAGGCAGAGCGCCGGUCGCUGCAGGCCGAGCUCGCAGAGGUCCGAGCUGCGGCGUCAGCCCGCAAGGCGGAUGCGUCAACGAUCGCGUCGCUCCACGAAGCGCUUGAGCGAGCCAACACCAAGCUAGCGGCGCUGGAGGCGGACAACACACUGCCUCUGGCGAAGCAAAUGGAUGUAGGCGGCUCAACCUUGCGUCCCGCCUCCAGUCCGGGUCUUUCCCGCACUGGCUCUGUCAAAGAGUAUCGGCGCUACCAAUCCGCCUCCCCUGGCCCACCCUCAGCGUCGCCUCCGGCAUCCACACGGAGUGUCAUACUCACCCACCAGGCGUCGCCGAGCCGCACAGCCGAAAGGGACGAGAUCGACCGCUUGAACGCAGUUAUCAGCAGUCAACGCGCGCUGAUGUCGGACCUCGAGCACUCGGUCGCAUCCUGGAAAGACCGAUUGCACGCCCAGACGGAGCUCAUCCAUCGCCUCAUGGCCCAACCUUCCUCUUCACCUCCAGUGUCGGACACCGAAAACGCCUGUGUGACGCCAACCAAGCGCGAGGAGUCCUUCCACACCUUGCCGCGGACCACACACCUCGCACUCACCGGUAAGGGUACACCGACAAAAAGUGUGUUGGGCAGCUGGAAUCGCAACUCGCCCUCCCCGUUGCCCGUGUCGGACAAGAUGCAGGAGACAACCGGAAAGAGGAAGCCGAGAAAGACCAUAGAGUUGGACAUGAAGCUACUCAAUUCGAGUCCGAGGGUCGAAGGUGGUAGGACAAGGUUCGGCGCCGGCGCGGGAGGUGGGGAGGAUACCCCGACAAAGAGGAGGGGCACGACUGCGAGUCAGUUCUAUGUGUGA